UCCUUUUCCUUUGCAAAAUGCAGAAAUUAAAUAAAUUAAGGUAAGAAAAAUGUCAGUAAUAUUAUGCCAGUACCAACCCCAAAAGGCAUCAUGCUGUGGCUGUCACUUUCUUGGGACUCUUCAGCUAUUUUAACAGAUCUAAGCAUCAGGCAAUGGAGUAGACUCCCAGUGAAGCCAGUGCCAGCCUGGGCUAAGCCACUCUUGACCUUGCUCUGUAGUCCAAUGGUGAGCUGCACUACCAGAGGACACUGUCAUCUCUUGAUAUCACGGGUAUUGGUUUUGUUUUGUUUUGUUUGUUUUGUUUUUGAGUGAAGCUCUUGGCGAUGUCUACAUAACCCUAUACUGGCCUGAGACUUCCUUUGUGGCCCAAGCUGGCAUUUCACAUGGGAUUCUUCUGCUGAAUUCACUCUCCUGAGUGCUGGGAUCCUAGGCUCAUGUCACCAUGCUCAGCUCUGUAGCUUUUUUUUUUCUUUCCCUGCCCUCACGUUUUGCCCAGCUUUUUGCUUGUCUAAAUUACCUAGCUAGCAUUAUUAGAAACUGAAAUUCUUUCUGAAUGGAAAAUUAAAACUGUGUUCUAUUUUCAUUUCUGAAUUAUCAUUGACUAGAAACCCAAUUCUUUAGGGACCUCAACAGCCAUGAGACUCAGUUAAAGCUCAUGAUGCCACAAAUGUUAACGAUAAUGCCACAAAUAUUCCUAAAGGCCGUUUAAACAAAUCACGUUAAAUAUUUUUAAUGUUUAAAAUUUCAUUUUGAGAGCACUAUGAAGGUAAAGGAGUUAUAGAUAAAAGGGUUGCUAGUAGUUACAAAACUUCCAAAUAAUGGAGUCACUAGUAAAGCCAGAGGGCAUCUCUAGUGACUUCUUUCUUAGUCAUUAUUCUUAAUAGUCUCCCACAGGAGGUAUCCCAGGGAGUUUUCCAUAUUUGCAGGAGACAUGGCUUUGAUCUUGGAAUGCUUCAUGGUACCAAUAGAGAUAGGAACUGCAGGAACUCUAGAAACUGCAUAGGGAGAGAGAGAAGUAGCAUAUGUGUGUCAUUGUGGGCAAUGUCAGGUAGUGUUUGCAGGGGAAAAUUCCAAGUUGGCUAGUAAUUUGUUUAGUUUACAUCAGAGGGAUCAAGUAUUACUAUAGGUUGUCCUCUGGCAGUGUCAUACUGGUGAGCAAAAGAGGUCUGUGGCCAUUGUGGCCUGCCAUAGUCAAGUCAAUGGAGCACGCCAUGGUGCCUCAUAACUGUCAACCUGUACUUGGAAGGAUGCAGGAGGAUGGCUACGAGUUCCACACAAGCCUGGGCCAGCCAGGGAUGACAGAAUGAGACCCUAUCUAAAAAUGCCACAGUGGAGGAAAAUCAAGAACCAGAUGGGGACUGAAGGCAGAUUAUUGCUGUAGGGUCAUCUCCACGGGAAGAGUUCCUGGCCAUCAUGAUUGUGGCCUUUCAACAAAAAUAUAAUGCAAGUAUAUAGAUGGGGUAGCAAAUGACAACUCAUGAGGCUGAUGAGCUAUGUAUCGCACUAAAAAUUGCUUAUGUGAUAGUUUUAUCUUUUGGUCAUAUGACGCCUUUGAUGAGUAAGGCCUCCAUUGACUAUUUGGGGGUUAUAAGAGUGGGCAAGCAAAAACUAACUGUAGUUUUGCGGAAGGACAAUAAUAUUUCUUCCCCUUCCCUUUUUUCUUUUGCAGCCCUUUCCACGUGAUAUGUGUUUGAUGAAUGUCAGUGGUAUGUGUGACUCAUCAUUAAGACUUCAGAAGACUUCUAGAGACUCUUAAAUGUUACUCAGAUGAGCUCAGUUUAAAAAAAAAGUUUAUCUUUGACCAAACUAGUUAGAACUCACCAUUGAACAAAUGUAUGAAAGUUCCUUGCCAAGCAUUCUUCAUUGGGACAUUUGUUUUCCUGCUUACUGAAUAACUUUUUCAAAAGUUCCUUUUUUGGUGCCAUGUUCUGUGGCUUACAUCAAAAGAGGAGUUUGUCUUCAUGAAGAUUCCUAACAUUGGUAAUGUGAUGAAUAAAUUUGAGAUCCUUGGGGUUGUAGGUGAAGGAGCCUAUGGAGUUGUACUUAAAUGCAGACACAAGGAAACGCAUGAAAUUGUGGCAAUCAAGAAAUUCAAGGACAGUGAAGAAAAUGAAGAAGUCAAGGAAACGACUUUACGAGAGCUUAAAAUGCUUCGCACUCUCAAGCAGGAAAACAUUGUGGAGCUGAAGGAAGCCUUUCGCCGGAGAGGGAAGCUAUACCUGGUGUUUGAGUAUGUUGAGAAAAAUAUGCUUGAAUUGCUGGAAGAAAUGCCAAAUGGAGUUCCACCUGAAAAAGUGAAAAGCUAUAUCUACCAACUAAUCAAAGCUAUUCACUGGUGCCACAAGAAUGACAUUGUCCAUAGAGAUAUAAAGCCUGAAAAUCUCUUAAUCAGCCACAACGAUGUCCUGAAACUAUGCGACUUCGGUUUUGCUCGGAAUCUCUCUGAAGGCAAUAAUGCGAAUUACACAGAAUAUGUGGCUACAAGGUGGUACCGGUCACCAGAGCUAUUACUUGGAGCUCCCUAUGGAAAAUCUGUGGACAUGUGGUCAGUGGGCUGUAUUCUUGGGGAGCUGAGUGAUGGACAGCCCUUAUUUCCUGGAGAAAGUGAAAUUGACCAACUCUUUACUAUUCAGAAGGUGCUAGGACCACUUCCAUCUGAGCAGAUGAAGCUCUUCUAUAGUAAUCCUCGUUUCCAUGGACUCCGGUUUCCGGCUGUUAACCAUCCUCAGUCAUUAGAGAGAAGAUACCUUGGAAUUUUAAAUAGUGUUUUACUUGACCUUAUGAAGAAUUUACUGAAGUUGGACCCAGCUGACAGAUACUUGACAGAACAGUGUUUGAAUCACCCUACAUUUCAAAGCCAGAGACUUUUGGAUCGGUCUCCUUCAAGGUCAACGAAAAGGAAACCUUAUCAUGUGGAAAGCAGCACACUGUCUAAUAGAAGCCAGUCCAGCAAGGGUGCUGCCUUACAGACUCACCACAGAUCCAACAGCAAGGACAUUCAGAACCUAAGUGUGGGUCUGCCCCGGGCUGAUGAAGGCCUUCCUGCAAAUGAAAGCUUCCUGAAUGGAAACCUUGCUGGAGCUACUCUCAGUCCAAUGCACACCAAAACCUACCAAGCAAGCACCCAGCCUGGGUCUUCUAGCAAAGAUCUCACAAACAACAACAUACCACACCUUCUCAGCCCGAAAGAAGCCAAGUCCAAAACAGAGUUUGACUUCAAUAUUGACCCAAAGCCUUCAGAAGGUCCAGGCACCAAGUACCUCAAGUCUAGCAGCAGAUCUCAGCAGAACAGGCACUCGUUCAUGGAAAGCUCCCAGAGCAAAGCUGGGACGCUGCAGCCUAGUGAGAAGCAGAGUCGGCACAGCUAUAUCGACACCAUUCCCCAGUCCUCCAGGAGUCCAUCCUACAGGACGAAGGCCAAAAGCCAUGGGGCGUUGAGUGACUCCAAGUCUGUGAGCAACCUUUCAGAAGCCAGAGCCCAAAUCACGGAGACCAAUACCAGUAGAUACUUCCCAUCCAGUUGCUUGGACUUGAACUCUCCCACCAGCCCAACCCCCACCAGGCACAGUGACACAAGAACUUUACUCAGCCCUUCAGGUAGAAAUAACCGAAACGAGGGCACACUGGACUCACGCCGAACUACCACCAGACACUCAAAAACCAUGGAAGAGUUGAAGCUGCCUGAACACAUGGACAGCAGCCAUUCACAUUCGCUGUCUGCACCUCAUGAAUCAUUUUCUUAUGGGCUAGGCUACACCAGCCCCUUCUCCUCUCAGCAACGUCCUCACAGGCAUUCCAUGUAUGUGACCCGGGACAAAGUGAGAGCUAAAGGCCUUGAUGGAAACUUGAGCAUAGGGCAAGGGAUGGCGGCCAGAGCAAACAGCUUGCAGCUCUUAUCACCCCAGCCUGGAGAACAGCUCCCUCCAGAGAUGACUGUGGCAAGACCUUCUGUUAAAGAGUCCUCCAGAGAAGGCACCUCUUCAUUCCACACCCGUCAGAAGUCUGAGGCUGGAGUGUACCAUGACCCACACUCUGACGAUGGCACGGCUCCCAAAGAAAAUCGGCAUCUGUACAAUGAUCCUGUCCCACGGAGAGUUGGUAGCUUUUAUAGAGUGCCCUCUCCACGACCAGACAAUUCUUUCCAUGAAAAUAAUGUAUCUACCCGGGUUUCUUCUCUGCCAUCUGAUAGCAGUUCUGGUACCAAUCAUUCAAAAAGACAACCAGGCUUCGAUCCAUGGAAAAGCCCUGAAAAUAUUAGUCAUUCUGAUCAACUCAAAGAAAAGGAGAAGCAAGGUUUUUUCAGGUCAAUGAAAAAGAAAAAGAAGAAGUCUCAAACAACAGACUCCACCAACGGGGAGAAUCCAAGCAUCAAGAAAUCCCUCUUUCCUCUUUUUAAUUCAAAGAAUCAUUUAAAGCAUAGUUCUUCUUUGAAAAAGCUUCCUGUAGUCACUCCACCCAUGGUACCCAAUACUGAUGGUCCCGAUCUUCUGACUUUACAGAAAGCCAUUCAUUCUUCUAGCACUGCAAGCAGCAGACCAAAGGAGUGGCGACCUGAGAAGCUCUCAGAUCUACAGACCCAGAGCCAACCACUAAAAUCCCUUCGCAAGCUGUUGCAUCUCUCUUCAUCGACCAAUCACCCGGCUUCUUCAGAUCCUCGUUUCCAGCCCUUAACAGCUCAACAAACCAAAAAUUCCUUCUCAGAAAUUCGGAUUCACCCCCUGAGCCAGGCCUCUGGUGGGAGCAGCAACAUCCGGCAGGAGCCUACACCAAAGGGCAGGCCAGCCCUUCAGCUGCCAGGUCAGAUGGAUCCUGGAUGGCACGUGUCCUCUGUGACCAGGAGUGCCACAGAGGGGCCUUCCUAUACUGAACAGCUGGGUGCCAAGAGUGGGCCAAACGGGCACCCUUAUAACAGAACAAAUCGCUCACGAAUGCCAAAUCUGAAUGAUUUAAAAGAGACAGCCUUGUAAUUUAUGCUGGCAUGGG